GAAGAAGAAUAUGAAAGCACCAACAAACGACUUUUGGAAGCAUCUAAAGGAUACAGCGGAAACCUGUCACCAUCAUCCAAAGCACAAGAUGAAGAAGCAGAAGAAGCACAGUUCGAUUUCGGCCGGUACAUCGACUUUUUCGGCAUUCGAACACGAGCACAUUUGUACACAUGACUGAAUUGUUUUGUUGGUUUUUUUCGUGUUUUGUCUUUUUUCGUGUUUUUUCGCUUUAACCACAGAUAUAAUAAAGAAGAAACAAGAGGCUUUAGUGGAAUGAAAGUGCUUGUGCAUUGGCGAUAAUGGAUCCUAUACAAGCCUUCUACGAAAGUUCAUUAACGAGUUUGAACAAAUUGAAAGAAAACUAUGACAACGAAUUGAAAUUGGCUCAGGAGAAGCUCUUGACCUCAGAAACUAGACUAAACGAAAUCUCGAAACAGUUGGAUUUCGCUAUUGUUGAGAAAAAUCAAUUGAAGGUGCAAAAUCUCUCUCUACUUAAGGAAAUUGACAUCUUGAGGAAAUCUAAUCAAACACUAAGGGAAAAAUACAAUGAUUCAAUUACGAAUACCAAGUCUCACCAACAGGCAAUAUUGUUCAAGUUGGAACAAUGGAAAACUAUUAAUAAUUCGAUAAUUGAAAAAAUGAAUGAGUCUAAAAUUAUUUGGGGUUUUUUUAAUAGCUCGUUCAUUUCAAAUGAAAGCCUAGUGCCAACCAAAUCGUUGCAAAAUGAUUUCUUAGAUGAUCGCUCUAUGAAGGAGAUAACUGAUCCCAAUAGCAAUAAUAAGGAUGCCGUAGAAAAACCGCACACUGACGAUAAUGAAGAUGAUACCAACAUUGAAAAUGGAAAUAUUAAACUUGUAACAAGUGCAAAUAAUGAAUAUGAAAACCGGGAUGGCGAUAAUAAGGAUGAUAAAAAUAAUGGAAAUCAGAAUGAUGAAGAUCUGGAUAAUAAAAAUCAAAACAAUAAAAUUAAUAAAGAUAAAAGCAAUCAAAUCAAUCAAAGUAAUGAAAGUGAUGAAAAAAAUGAAAAAGCUGAAAUUACAAUUGAAAAUCCUAUUAUUACAGAGGAUAAACUGUCUAAUAUCAUCAUAAAUUAUAAUGAAACCGAAACAAUUGAGUCAGAAAAACAAACUAUUGCCAAAAAUGAAACUGAAACUGAAAAUAAUAAUGAAAACUUGAGUUUUACUGAAGCUGAAAAACCUAGAAGUAUUCUAACUGAAAAUAAGCAGCAAGAAAUUGAAGACAGCUUAUUAACCAAAACCCUGGAUGAAAAUCAGAAAAACAUCUUCUCUGAGAACAAGCUUAACAAAAUAUUGAAAAAAAAUAUUACUACUGAUGAGAGUUAUACACCUAAACCAUUUGUAAUUGAAACUCAAGACAAAAUAAAUAAUAAUAUCAGUACUAAUGAAAAUGAAAGCAUUUCUGAGAACAAAGAAAACACUAUUGAAAAUCGUUAUGCUGCUCCAAAACCUAUACCUAAUGUGUUGGAUGAUUCACAGAACCCACAGAAACAUAAUCAAGACACUUUAAAUGAUGGUCAAAGUAACUCUUCGUCUGUUAGAAAUAAUAUUGCAAGUGAUAGCAACAGUGUAUCUUUGAAUUCAAAUCAUGUCAAGGAAUUAGAAACUCCACCUAAUUCUCGGUCUUCACUUGACCCUGUUUUUGAUAAUUCUAUUUCAGAAAAAAAAAGAACUAGUUCAAUGAUGAACGAGGAAAGUAAUACCUUUGAUAAAUCUGACAUUAUAUCUAGUGAUAUUGUAAAUAAUGAUAUUGAAAAUGAAUUUAGUCGUAUAAAUAGUGAUGAUAAUGAUUUUGUUAAUGAUCUGGUUCCACAAAAUAAAAAAAUCAAAUCUUCCAAAAUAUCUAAGACUAAAAGUUUUAUUACAGUUAAGGUUGUUCGAUUUGAUUCUUCGUUAGAGCUAAUUUUUAGAAUGAAAACUACAACCAAAUUCAAAAAAUUAUUUUUAUAUUAUUUGAGAAAUGCGAAGGUAAAUACUGAGGUGGUUUUCGUUUAUGAAGGUGCUAUUGUGUUGCCCACAGAUACUCCUGCAAAACUAAAAAUUGAAGAUGAGUCGAUAAUACAGGCAUUUCCAAAAUAAAUCAUAAACAGGUUAGGCGUAUAUACAUUAAAACUUUCAUAAUAACUUUCAUUAACUCAUC